AUGCAGUACCUACUUUAUAAUCCACAAUCGUCGGCGUCUAAUUCUCCAAAUGCUGAGACGGCUUCACGGAAAGUUGUGCGACUGCUUGUUGUGUCAGUCAGCGUAUCCUGCAUUGGAUUGUUCAUAUUGUUGCAAAGCUCACCAGAACGUGACGAGAUACAAAUUUACAACGAUGACAUACGGAUCACAUAUGUACCGGAGAAACAGAGGAACUUAUCAAUCGGCAUAAUUGAAGUGGUUAGGGCAAGUACGUCACCGAAGGAGUAUCAUACCGCAAUGAUGAGCGUUGCUUGCUAUGCAAAGGUGCACGCUUACGAUUUCCACGUAAUAAAAGACAACAGCUAUGGUAAACUAUGCCCGCAAAAGGAUCCAUUUUUUCGACGGCACUGCAUAGUCGCAUGUGUGCUCAAAGACUACGAUUACGUGCUCUUUUUGGACUCUGAUAUAGGAGUAGUAAAUCCGAACCGGCUCGUAGAAGAUUUCAUCGAUCCUCACGUCGACAUCACUUUCUACGAUCGUUUCUAUAACUGGGAAGUUAUGGCCGGGAGUUACAUAGUAAAAAACAGUACUUGGUCAAUUAAUUUUCUAUACCGUUUUGCGCAGUACGAAUCCCAUGUACCAAAGAUGGCGAUCGGCAGUGACAAUGGAGCAUUGCACGCUUAUUUGGCUGAAGCUCUUACCUCAAACAGCAAACAGUUGCCAUCCUGCCUUUUGAUAUAUGAGCAUGCUAAUGAAUAUGGAUCACUCUUUCUGUAUGAAGCAUGCAUUCGCGAAAUAUUUGGAAACAGAACUCGCAUUGCGAAUGUCGCAAUCCUAAAAAAGGGCACUGGAUGGGCACGUGAUCACAUAGUGACCAACAGUAAGUGGAGCAUGGAAUCUGAUUUUAUGAUCCAUAACUGGAAAACGAACUAUCUGAAGACUUAUGAAGACAAACUCAAAGUGAAAGAGAAGAAAGACAUCGACUCGUUUUCUGGUUGGUACAGUCCAUUUGCUGGCAAUUUUAAUCUGACCCUGUGCACGCCUAAGAACAGAACAUGGCAUUACGAUGUCAAUCUUAUAGCGCCACAAGAAAUGAUCAAAGCUCAAAUGGCAGAAUAUGAGGAAAAAGUCGAAGGAUUGAAAGCAAAGGUGCUGAAUUAUCUACCGCGAAUUCUCGAAAUCACCAAUUAUGAACGAGGUUCAGUGCAUGAAAACGAAGUAGUAGAAAUUCUAUCAACAAUGGACCAGGCUUGGGAGGCCUAUGUGCCGUAA